AUGCCUGCUCAACUCAAGUUCAACAAGUUGGCCGGGUCUCGAAUCCUCAUUCUCGGUGGGACAUCUGGCAUUGGCUUUUCUGUCGCCGAGGGAGCACUAGAGUACGGCGCUUCAGUUGUUAUCGCCUCAUCAAAUUCUGAAAAGGUUGAGAAAGCGGUAUCCCGUCUCCGCGAGGCCUACCCUGAACUUUCAUCCUCUGUCUCCGGUCAAGCAUGCGACUUGUAUGACAUUCCGACCAUGGAACCGAAUAUCACCUCACUCCUUGAAUUCGCAACCAAGGACGACAAGAAAAUCGACCACAUAGUCAACACAGCUGGUGGUCCCGGUGCACUUCCGCCUCUAUCUGAAUUCACCCCAGAGCAAGCCGCAGCUGGAAGUCCACGACUCGCAGGUGUUUUGAUGCUGGCGAAGCAUGCACCUCAAUACAUGGAAGAUGGACCACAAGCUAGCAUCACGCUCACUACUGGAUCUCUGUUGCACAAACCAUCACCAGCAUUCGCUACUGCGAUCGGAGCAAUUGGAGCGAUAGAUGCAACGGCGCGGACGCUUGCAAUGUCGCUGGCACCAUUGAGAAUUAACGUGGUGGCACCCGGUGCUAUAGAUACUGAGCUUUUGCAGUCUAUGGGGUAUGGAGAUGAGGCAGUCAGGAAUGCUACAUACCAGCUUUUUAAGGAUUCGACAGUGUUGGGCACUGUGGGCCGCCCGGAGGAUACAGCCGAGUCAUACCUGUAUCUUAUGAAGGACCGAUUCAUUACUGGACAGACGAUCUUGACUGAUGGUGGAAGACUACUGAAGUAG